CCCCUCUAAAACGCGCGGUGCAAAGCGUGCUCAACCACGUGUGGAUUCUAUUAAUAUAGAAUACCCGUAUACUCAUUUUCUGUCACGAUUUAGGGUUUGUCCCACCAUUGACGUUGCUGGUGGCACAAUAAAAGCAUGUUGCUUACCUAAACCAACAGAACAGGAGUGGCUACGGCUCAUUUUGCAGAGAGUACUUCCGUUCUUGCGUACGCUAGUUAGCUGCCUUGUUGGCGCGAAAAUUAUGGCGGCUGCUGAUAUUUAGGUAAGAGUGCAUAAAGUCUGCUUUGGUCCCGAUCCACACCGUGAUGUCAUCGAUUUCAUGCAGCGUCUAGGACUUAUGUCAAGGCAAGAACAAUGCAACAAUUAACUGUCAUGGUGUGGCCAUGGCAAUAAAAUCAUUUCAGAGAUGCAAGGACGGUUAUAUUUGGAGAUGUCCUGAAGAACACUGCAGAAUGCAACGAAAUCAUCAGCAGUCUCUUGUGAUCCAGCUGUUCUUAGUGGUCCUCGAGGUCUUCCUGGUCCUGUGGGUCAGAGAGGCAUGCCUGGGGUACCAGGAGCACAAGGCUUGUCAGGCUUACAAGGUUUACCAGGAGCAUUUGGAAAGACGGGAGAUCCAGGUCCGGUUGGCCCACAAGGUCUUCCUGGUCGUGUUGGCCCAGCAGGUCAGAAGGGGUCAGUUGGUCUGUCUGGUGAGAAGGGUGUACCUGGAUUGAGAGGCAAGGCUGGACCGAAAGGAGAAAAAGGUAACAUUGGAUUGCGAGGUUCUGUUGGAUUGAAAGGAGAACGAGGUGACGUAUGACUAAGGUGAAAAUGGAGUAAAAGGAGAAGUUGGUCGUAGAGGAGAUGAAGGUAUUCAAGGUCCAGUGGGUCCAACAGGUUUACAAGGAG